GCUUCCCUCUCGUUAGCACCUGUAAACAUUUUUAAAGCUGGAGCUGAUGAAGAAAAGGCAGAAACAGCCCGUUUAUCAUCUUUUGUUGGAGCUAUUGCUAUUGGAGACUUGGUGAAGAGUACACUGGGACCAAAAGGCAUGGAUAAGAUUCUUCUCAGCAGUGGUAGAGACAGCAGUGUUACUGUAACCAAUGAUGGGGCAACCAUUCUGAAGGCUAUUGGAAUUGACAAUCCUGCAGCCCAGGUGUUAGUUGACAUGUCUAAAGUACAGGAUGAUGAAGUAGGUGAUGGAACAACAUCAGUGACAGUAUUGGCUGCUGAGCUUCUUAGAGAAGCUGAAGUGUUGAUUGCCAAGAAGAUUCAUCCUCAGACUAUAAUAUCUGGAUGGAGACAAGCUACACAGGUUGCCAGAGAAGCCCUUCUGAAAGCAACAAUAGAUCAUGGUAAUGAUGAAGAGAAGUUUCGGGCCGAUCUUUUAAACAUUGCCAGGACAACCCUGUCUUCUAAGCUGCUCACUCACCACAAGGACCACUUUGCAAAACUGGCUGUGGAAGCUGUUUUGAGACUAAAAGGCUCUGGAAAUUUGGAAGCAAUUCAUGUCAUUAAGAAGCUGGGAGGAAGUUUAACCGAGUCUUACCUGGAUGAAGGUUUCUUGUUGGACAAAAAGAUUGGCGUGAACCAACCAAAACACAUUGAGAAUGCCAAAAUACUUAUUGCUAAUACAGGAAUGGAUACUGACAAGAUUAAGGUGUUUGGCUCAAGAGUGCGUGUAGACUCAACCGCUAAAGUGGCAGAGAUUGAGCUAGCAGAGAAAGAGAAGAUGAAAGAAAAGGUGGAUCGAAUUCUGAAGCAUGGAAUCAACUGUUUUAUCAACAGGCAACUAAUAUACAACUACCCUGAACAGUUGUUUGCAUCAGCUGGUGUUAUGGCUAUAGAACAUGCAGAUUUUGUGGGUGUGGAGCGUCUUGCACUUGUGACAGGUGGAGAGAUUGCUUCCACUUUUGAUCAUCCUGAGCUUGUAAAACUUGGAAGCUGUAAACUUAUUGAAGAAGUCAUGAUUGGCGAGGAUAAGCUCAUCCAUUUCUCAGGGGUUGCAAUGGGGGAAGCUUGUACCAUUGUUCUUCGUGGAGCAACACAGCAGAUUUUGGAUGAAGCAGAGAGAUCCUUACAUGAUGCUCUCUGUGUAUUGGCCCAGACUGUUAAGGAUACAAGAACAGUUUAUGGAGGAGGAUGUUCUGAAAUGUUGAUGGCCCAUGCAGUAACAGAAUUGGCCAACAGAACCCCUGGCAAAGAGUCUGUGGCUAUGGAGUCUUUUGCCAAAGCUCUCCGAAUGCUUCCAACUAUCAUAGCAGAUAAUGCUGGCUAUGACAGUGCUGACCUGGUGUCUCAGCUCAGAGCAGCUCACAGUGAAGGAAAGUUGACAUAUGGACUCGACAUGAAAAAUGGCACCAUUGGAGAUAUGGGGGAGCUGGGAAUAACUGAGAGCUUCCAGGUGAAAAGACAAGUUUUGCUGAGUGCUGCAGAAGCAGCUGAAGUUAUCCUGCGUGUGGACAAUAUUAUUAAAGCUGCACCAAGGAAACGUGUGCCUGACCAUCAUCCUUGCUAA